GAAGCGGGCGACGAGGACGAGGAGGACUCCUCCUCCGAGGACGAGGAGCCAGCACGACAGGCCCGGGCGACGGAGAACGAGGAGCACGCGCGGGAAGGCACCCUCUGCCUGACACUCCGCAUGCACGGCUUCAUGCGGGGCACGCGCCAGUGGAAUUGGCCCUCCAUCGUCACGAAGGUGUACUUCAUCGGGAUGUGCAUGAUCUCGAGCCCCGUGGCGCCGCUGUUGCUCAACGUUUUCUUGUCGUGGAUGAGCGAACAGCUCAAAGAGCUCAGUCUUGCUCUCCUGGCGACGGCCAUCUACUCCGUCGGCGUUGUUAUGUUUCUGCUGCCCCCCGUGCCUGGAGCCCCG